AAAACCAAGCCAAAGGAAACAAUACAGAAGCAAGAAAACAAGCCACUCAGGUAACCAACCACCAGUCUCCCUUCACUCCCCGUCUUUCUGCACUCCAAAUCAGAUGUGGAUGUAGAUGUGAAGUGAAAGCCCUCGAGCUCAGUACAGGUUUAUACUCGCUUUUUGCGCUUGGAUUUCGAGCGAUGAGCAGAGACAAGCUGCCGGAGAUUCUCGAUUUCUUCAUUUGGACUGUGGAGGAUGUGGGUCUGUGGCUAGAAGAAAUAAAUCUUGGUAACUAUCGCCAAAUUUUUAAAGAAAAUGGUGUCAAUGGAGAGUACUUGGAGGGGAUGUCCAUGUUCACAACUGAACAGAUAUUACGGUUUAUAAGAAGAUGCCACAUGAAAUGGGGUGAUUUCAUUACAUUGUGUAAGGAGCUCCGACGAAUAAAAGUGGCUUGCUUAAAGGGGGAGCAAAAAGUUCGCCAGCCAUGGUGGGCUCCAUCAUGCCUAUCUGUAGUCUUCGCUAAGGCUGCCAAGCGCAACAGGCAAUCGAGAGUGGUCUCAUUGAAGCUGGAACCUUGAGUUGCCUUUCACUUGUCCAUGUAUACUUUCUUCCUAGAGGAAGAUGACAAGUAGGAAACCACUUUCAUAUGUGUUUUUCUUUUUUUGUUCCCAAAUUUCUUUUUGCAUCCCUAAUGUUGUCAUUAUGCCGUUUGUGUUAGCUCUUUGGGGGAACUACAGGCCGUUGUCCAAGCCCUUGUAUACGUAAUUUUGUAGUUGUGUAAUCUAGUUGUGAUGUAAUUAAGUCACAGUCAUGUAAAUCUAGAUCUGAGACUCUAAACAUGAUGUCCCAGAUUCAGUAUCGAUUCCCCUUAAAAAAUAUAUAUACAAUAUGAUGAUGUAAACCUUUUGUCAA